AUGUCUCAAGUCAGAAACCGUGCAGACAGUGUUCAACCUGAGCACGCCGCGACUAUCGUCAAGUCAGAUUUUGCAGGUCUCGAGGUCUCUCUCACCAAUCCAGAAGUCGCAGUAAAGAUCUUUGAGGAUGGAGCUCCGGGUAAAGAUAGAGAGUAUGUCAAACUCACUAAAGUCACUCAGCCGUCUGAGCAGUCCUUGGGUGAUACGGUGACAGCUAGCUCUUCCGUUACUUCGAAAGAUCUUACGAAGAGUAGCAACCGAGAUCCACCAGGUGCCCAUGAGAAAGUUAAAGGUCGGAAGAUCGAUAGUAGUGUUCCGAAGACUUCAAUCGCCCGUGAGAAGGUACGCAACUUGGUUAGCUGGGAUCAAAAGGACAUCCGGAUGCUCAUGCUUCUGAACGCCGAGAGAGCUCUAUGGGAUAUCUUGAAAGACCGAGCCAAGGUCUACACGUUGCUCACCAAGAACGUUCUUGGAUGUUUGAAGGAGGAGCCCACUCCCGAUGCGACUGAACAAAAGUUUGUCAAGUGGCGCAACGAGCUCAUGGCGAAUGGUAGGAUCGUCCCCGAAUUGAUUGAUAAGCGUCGCAUCAAUCUACAGAACUCCCGGGACCAACGCAAAGCCGAGAAAGCAGGUGAUGGUGUUGAACAGAACACUCGCAGCGCCUCGGAAAAUCAAGGGGCGGCACAACAUGGCGACCAGCGGCAUCAGGUCUCAGUAGCCAGGGGCUCCCAUCGCGGUGUGCGAAGUAGCACACGCGGAAACACUGCCACGACCAAUGCUGCUGGUUUUGGAGAUGAAUCUGACUCCGAUGAGGAAAGGGCACGUCCCUCUCUUAAUACUUUUGUCGAUGACAGCCCAAUUCGUCGCCCACCAAAGAAGACGAAGAAGGGGAAGAAGGCGAAGAAGGGCAAGAAAGCUACAUCUCUCGGUGUCUCUUCAUCCACCCCACUUGAGGAUCUCCCAGAAUCAGACGGCUCUGACGGAGAGUAUGGUGUUACUAUUUCUAAGCGGAACAGAAGAGGGCCAAAGAGAGCCACAAGAGCCAACCGGCCCAGCUACCAGUUGCCUGCUGAUCACGAUGAUGCUUUUGAAUCUCUCGAUGACCAGAGCUCGAAAGAGAACAGCAGUGGUAUCGAGCUAGGCAGCCCUGAAGCCCAAUCAUCGUCAAACAAGACUCCCACUGGUAGAAGCUGUCUCGUCAUCCUGAAAGUCGACAUUUCCAAGUUGCUCAUUAAUGAGAAGCGUAAGCGCGCAGAUACCCCGGACGCAACAGAAAACGAAGGCUUCAAUACUUCAUCGUUUGUUAACUCUAUCGAGACUCAGGAGGAGCAGCCCAUUCAUCCAAUGCAAAACGAUUCCGGUGGAAUAGCUGACUGUCUUCAGAACCAUAUGGGAAGCUAUUUUGGUGAGACUACUUUCAACGACUUUCACUCUUUCGGCACUGGUGGUGCCACCGAUGCUCGCUCAUUCAGUGCUCCGGGUACCACAGGCUUGCGCUCUUUGGGUGAUUCUGGUGUUGAAGAUCCUGACGCUGUCUUGUCUAACCAUGACAACAACGAGCAACAAAACCCCAAGCCCCCGAAAAGGGCACGCAGAUCUCGAAAGAAUCCUCAAUCACGGACAGAACCAGACCCAGAGAGCAUCGGCCCAAUCCAGACAGAGUAUAUGCAUCAAUACUCUGAAAUACCAACUAUGUCUCCAGGCCCGCUAGGCCCGGCUCGCCCUCGAUCCCAAAGUUUUCGACAUCAGAACAGUAGUACGCCUCUCUACGGCUCCGUGAUGGCUGAGCAAGAUCUUCUCGACACACUUGGCUCCAAUCUUGCACCCCCACCAGAACUCGACUUUGCGGCUGGGCCAGCUAUGUCUACCGUACCAUACUACCAUGACAACAACGCGUUUAUGGAUCCUAGCGCUCCCAAUGAGAUGUCAAUCGACGGCUUUUAUGCUCAGGAACAGUCUCAGACUGAUAGUAAGGUUCACACGGAACCGAUCCCCAGUUUUGCGUCCAUUGAUCCAUCAUACCAGUUCCUUAGCGAGCAGGACGUAUACGCACAGACAUUCCCUCAAUUCCCAUACCAUGAGUAUGGAAACAAUCAGGUCUACAAUCCCAAUCAGGGCAUUGGUCCACAGGCAUUCUUCUUGGGCAACAAUUCCGCUGUACCAGACGCCACACAGCAGCAGCAGCAGCAGGAGGAGGAGGAGGCGGAGGAGGCGGAGGCGGAGGCGGAGGCGGAGGAGGAGGUGGAGGAGGAGGAGGAGGUUGACGAUAAUGAGGAGGAGAAUCAAGUAUCCCCUGACACGGGAGACCAGGUCUUGCUGCCCGAGCACAAAUUCGUCGAAAUGCCCGAGGAGCAAAUGACCAGGCGUUUCGGUCCAGAGGACGUGGUAGGGGAGGAGGAGAACGCGGAGUUUGCCUACUACAUCCAGACCCUCCCGUUCGCAUCGGCUGAGUAUGCAAGGCUUGCGGAGACGGAGCCUGAAUACCCCAGCUGGCCGGGCUCCUGGGAUUGA